CUAUUAUGAAUACUGAUAGAAGUCACAGACCCUCCCUUCUCCAAAAGUGUCCUCGGCUGGUUCUUAUCUCACAGAAUAGAGUUCACUGCUUUUUAUCUUUUUCUGUGUUGAGUUGACACUUGGAUUCAUUUUCUCCACUUCUGCUUCAUGGGCUAGACUCUAGGAGAAACUAUAAAACAAUGCAUUAUUUUGACUCUUCCACUAAAUAAAUAAUAUCUAAUUAUAUAAAUGUUAAAGGGAAAUCUUGCCAGGAUGAGUUAUAUGUGCUACUGAAGAAUUGUUCUCAGCUUCUUGUUCAUACUUGUACCAAAACACAAAUGGGGAACAUUUAUUGGGUACAUGUGGGGAUGUUGUGUUUAUAUGGAAUGCUUAUACUACCUUCCUUUUGUCAAGUUGAUUCAGGUGAUGCAGCUACUGCUGUCUACAUUGUUACUCUGAGACAAGCUCCUGCUUCUCAUUAUCAGGAUGAGUUGGCAAGAAGGGGUCACAGCUUCAGACAUGGUACUUCUUUGAGAAGAAAUAGACUCCAUAGAACAAGACAUCAAAAUCUUACGAAGCCAGUUAGGAGCCACAGCUAUUACAUUGCCCGAGCUCAUGAUUCACUUUUGAAGAAAGUGUUAGGAGGAGAGAAAUAUCUGAAGCUCUAUAGCUAUCAUUACCUGAUUAAUGGAUUCGCUGUGUUGGUUACCCCACAGCAGGCAGAGAAGCUAUCAAAGAGAAGAGAAGUGUCAAAUGUGGUUUUGGACUUCUCUGUCAGAACUGCAACCACCCAUACUCCACAAUUUUUGGGUCUGCCAAAGGGAGCUUGGGUUGAAGCAGGUGGAUUUGAAACUGCUGGAGAAGGAAUCACCAUUGGUUUUAUUGAUACUGGCAUUGAUCCUACACACCCCAGUUUCCAAGAUGAUAAAUCUGAACAUCCAUACCCUGUUCCUGCAAAUUUCUCUGGCAUCUGUGAGGUUACACCGGAUUUUCCAUCUGGUUCUUGCAAUAGGAAGCUCGUUGCGGCCCGUCAUUUCGCAGCGUCUGCUAUAACCAGAGGAAUAUUUAAUUCAAGUGAGGACUAUGCUUCUCCAUUUGAUGGCGAUGGCCAUGGCACGCACACAGCUUCUAUUUCAUCAGGAAACUAUGGGAUUCCAGUGGUCGUUGCUGGGCAUCAUUUUGGAAAUGCUAGUGGGAUGGCUCCCCGUUCACACAUUGCUGUCUACAAGGCAUUAUACAAGAGAUUUGGUGGAUUUGCUGCAGAUGUUGUUGCAGCUAUUGACCAGGCAGCUCAGGACAUGGUUGACAUAAUAUGCUUGUCAAUCACUCCAAAUAGGCGCCCUCCUGGUAUUGCAACUUUCGUCAAUCCAAUAGACAUGUCAUUGCUAUCAGCUGUAAAAGCUGGUAUAUUUGUAGUGCAAGCUGCUGGCAAUACUGGACCCUCACCUAUGAGCAUGUCCUCCUUCAGUCCAUGGAUCUUUACUGUUGGAGCAGCCUCUCAUGAUCGACUUUAUAGCAAUUCCAUCAUUCUUGGAAAUAAUAUGACCAUACCUGGAGUUGGACUCGCACCUGGAACACCUAAAAACAUAAUGUAUAAACUGGUUCAUGCGCAUCAUGCUUUGAACAAUGACACAACAGUUAAAGAUGAUAUGUAUGUGGGUGAGUGUCAAGAUGAAAGUAAAUUCAAUCAGGAUUUGGUACAGGGAAACAUCCUGAUCUGUAGCUAUACGAUCCGAUUUGUGGUUGGGCUAUCCACCAUCAAGAGUGCCUUAGAAAUGGCCAACAAUCUUAGUGCAAUUGGUCUUGUUUUCUGCAUGGACCCUCUUGUGACUAGUUUUCAGCUUAACCCAGUUCCAAUGAAAAUGGCUGGCAUAAUAAUUGCAUCUGCAAAUGAUUCCAAGAUAUUACUGCAAUACUACAAUUCUUCACUUGAAAUAGAUGAGACUUCAAAGAAAGUUGUUAAACUAGGGGCUGUUGCUAGCAUCUGCGGUGGACUAAAAGCAAACUAUAGCAAUGAUGCUCCAAAGGUUAUGUAUUACUCUGCUAGAGGACCAGACCCUCAGGACAGUCUUCCUCAUGAAGCUGAUAUUUUGAAACCCAAUUUGAUUGCUCCUGGAAAUUUUAUAUGGGCAGCUUGGAGUUCUCUUUCCACUGAUUCCGCUGAAUUCCUAGGUGAGAAUUUUGCUUUAAUGUCUGGCACAAGCAUGGCUGCACCUCAUGUUGCCGGUCUUGCUGCACUCAUUAAGCAAAAGUUCCCCCAUUUCAGUCCUGCAGCCAUUGCGUCUGCUCUUUCCACCACAGCUUCUCUGUAUGACAGCAUUGGUAAGCCAAUAAUGGCUCAGCGGUCAUAUGCCUCUCCAGACUUCAGCCAAUCUCCGGCAACUCCCUUCGACAUGGGAAGCGGUUUUGUGAAUGCUACCUCAGCAUUAGAUCCGGGAUUGCUUUUUGAUUCCAGUUAUGAGGAUUAUAUGUCAUUUCUAUGUGCUAUCAAUGGCUCAGCUCCUACAGUGCUAAACUACACCAAUCAAAACUGUUUGCUUUAUAACUCUACUUUAUAUGGCCCUGAUCUGAACAUUCCCUCAAUCACAAUAGCAAAGUUAAACCAAACUAGAGUUGUCCAGAGAACAUUCCAAAACAUUGCUGGGAAUGAAACUUACGGCGUUGGUUGGAGUAAUCCAUAUGGUGUUUCAGUGAAUGUGUUGCCAACUCGCUUCUCUCUUGCCAAUGGGGAGAGACAAGUCUUAACUGUGAUCUUCAAUGCAACCAGCAACAGCACUGCUGCAAGCUUUGGAAGGAUUGGGCUAUUUGGUAAUCAAGGUCAUGUUGUAAAUAUUCCUGUGGCAGUCAUCACUAAAAUCUCAUAUAAAUAUAACUUCACUACAAGCUAACAGGAUUAGUGUCUUUACUUCUUUAGCAAGUCAUUUCAAUUUUUUAUUUUUCGUCUGUCUUUUCUUAGCUUACAAGGUUUGAUAAGGAU